AUGGAACCCCAAAUCACACCAAAUACCUUCUGCACAUACACAGGUACAAAGAAUGACUUCGACACAACCAUUUUCUUCAUAUCCGGAAACCCAGGCUUAAUCGGAUACUACCAUCCUUUCCUAUCGCUGCUAGCGCAGGACCUAGCAGGGGAUGAUAGUCAGAAUGAGACAACCUCUUUCCAAAUAUACGGAUGCAGUCUUGGUGGAUUCCAAAUUCCACCUCCUGAUGAAGAUCAAGAUAAAUCAUCGAAGACGAAGACGAAAAAUCAUCUAUAUUCCCUAGAAGACCAGAUUAGAUUCGUGCAUGGCAAUCUCGUCGCUUUAAUGCGUGGCAAUUCAGAUAUUACCAGUGCCACCUCGAGGACAGAUAAAGCUACAGCUACAGCUACAUCUAAUUCAACAGAUGUAGCUGCUCCAACAAAAAGACCCAAAGUCAUCCUAAUCGGACACUCUGUCGGUGCAUACAUCGCUAUGGAAAUUCUUCGAAGACACCGAGAGGGUAUUCCUAUGCCUGGAAGCUCGAGACCAGAACCAGAUCUCGACUUUGAUCUCUCUGCUACAUUCGAUAUUAUCGGUGGUGUUAUGCUUUUUCCUACGGUGAAGGAUAUUGCGCAUUCGCCGUCUGGACAGAAAUUAACGACUCUCCUAUCAAUUCUUCCCCAUUUCGCUAUAAUAGUGGGCUUUUUAGCUCGUAUAUUAACAUUCCUUCUUCCAUCUACGACUCUUAAAUCGACUAUUCGCUUUGUUAUGAAGAAUCCACCGACUCAUGCUCUUGAUACGACGUUUGAGUUUUUGAAGAGCGGAGGUGGUGUUCGACAGGCUUUGCAUAUGGCAGCUGAUGAGAUGCGUACCAUCACAUCUGAUAAAUGGACAGAUGAUGUUUGGGGGGUAGCGCAUACACAGGAGCCUCUUACGAGAUUGUUCUUUUAUUUUGGUCGGAAUGACCAUUGGGUUGCUGAGAGGACGAGGGAUGAAAUUAUUGCGCUUAGGAGUCCGGGUCGGAAUGGGCACGGGGAUCACCAUGGGUGGUCGGGUCCCAAGAUGUCAGUUUGCGAGGAGGGGUUGCCGCAUGCGUUUUGCUUGAAGCAUAACGAUAUCAUGGCGCGGAAGGUCGGAAAUAUGAUUCGGGAUAUUGUGCUUUAG